AUGUCACUCAAUGCCCACGAGGUGGUCAGCCUCUCGGAUGAUGAUAGUUCUUCCCACAUCUUUAAAGCUGGUGCCAGAGGGCCGCUGCAACCCCGGGCCAGAUUCCUGACGAGACCACCUGAGUCCAAGGCCCGUCAUUCUUUCAGUCCUUCUGGGCGUCGCAACGCUACUGGCCUCGUUACCAUGGGGCUCGAGAAAUUGCAGACAUCAAGCCCGGAGAAGCUGUCUAAAGACUGGAAGCCAAAGUCUGGAGUACAAGCUCUGGCUGAACCCACAGAGCGCACUGCCCACACUGGAGUCGCCCAGCCAGGCGACGAUGGCCGUGCUGUCAUGAAGAACUCCAAGAAACCCGGAACAAUCAUGGGAGAAGAUGAGCACCAUGCUCUGUAUGACUUGGACCGAGCUCGAGGCACUUCUUCCCUGAGCAUCAAAGUUGAUCGCUCCCAGCAGUCGAUGAGGCUAGGUAUGAAGCGCAAUAGAGAGGAGAACUUAGAUUCGAGCGUGACAUUGUCGAAGCGGCGUAAACAGGACCUUCGUCAUAGUAACAGUCGCUUCUCAUCGCGCAGCUCACUUCCAGCUCAAAGGCUACGGGCAAGUUCCCCGCCAAGAUCUCAACCAGGAGAGAUUGAUCUGACAAUGGACUCACCGCGACGUGAUGCGUUCAUUGACUUGACCGUUGACGAUGAUCUGGCGAUCGAUGAAUCUGGCACUGGGUCGAAGGGCCGGGCUAAUGAAUCCACUGAAAGGGUCCAAAGAUCAAGGCGUGAGGCAAUUGUGGAAGAAGUUCGAAAGAGUCUUACAAAGUCGUCACUUUCAUCCAAGGGUCUGACUGCUUCAGCAUCUCCUCGGAUCAGAAACGGUACACUAAGCCCUUUCUCGGUGUCUCACCGCACCAAGGAUCCCGAGAUCAUGCUUGGGCCUACGGAGAAUGCCAACGAGCGGCUGGGAGAGACCCAGUUUGCAAGGCAGGCGCAUAAAAGCACAAAGGAGCAAACCACCAAGCCAUCAGCUGCGGAAGCCCCCGUUCUGAACAAAAGCAAAUUGGCUUCGUCGAAUGUUCCUGCCGCGAAGGUCCGGCCAGCCAGCGCAGUAAUGGUUCGUGCAAAGUCACCAGGCACGAAGAAGGACAAUGCAUACGAGUCUCGGGUUAUGCAAGAUCGUGUGGACUCUGCGCACUCGGAUGGUGAGGACUCCACCCAAUCCGUCCGCCGUGAGCUUUCAGAAGAUGUGCAGCAAGGGACGAAGAGAAACCUCACCAAACAGACCAGACUCAAGACUGCAGAUCAAAAUGCGCUUGACACUGUGUCAGACCUAGGCAGCAAUGCGACUGGGUCGGCCACCAACAAGGCAGAGGCGCAGAUUACAGAUGAAAUGGAGCGCGCAGCUGCAGCUCCUGCUACGAGCUUGCCACUUCCAAUUGCCUCGCUAGGUCUUUCCAAGCAGGUAGAAGUUGUCCUGGGAGGUUAUUUGGAAGAGUCGCGUGGCGAUAAUGAGUAUUUCAAUCGAGCACAGCUCCGACGAGCGCGGAUGUCUUUGCAGACCAACAGUCGCAAUGGCGACACAGGACUGGAGACGUCAAAUCGACCAGCAGUACCAUAUGCCUUUACCAAGAUGCAGCCUAUGAAGCUCGCCACCAUGGAUAAGGACAACUCGAGGAAUGGUAGUGGUUUUGCAAGGUUCCAGUUUGAAAGAACUGCAUCUGGACCGGCAAAAGCACAGAAGAUCAGUCUGACAUGCCCGACCACAACUUUCACGUUUCCGGCGGACAUGCCAGGCUAUGCGCAUUUUGUCCCCAUCAAGGACAACUUCCUUGCCCCAAAUAUCACGACCAUGCAGCAUUGGCCUUACUUUGGCGACGGGUUCGACUACAGCACAGCUGGAGGUCUAGGAGAGCAGUACUCCCUGGAUAUCAGGGACCGCGAGAAGAAGCUACGUCGACUUUUGCAGGCUCAGAAGCUCGACGAGUACGUCGCAAAUGCUUUGCAAGACUUGUCAAUUACGUGGGCGGAUGUUCUUAGGUUCCUGCUGGAGAUCAAGCCCAGCAUUGGAGAUGACGAAGAUGCGAAGAAGGCGCUUGCGCGACGAGAGGAGUUCUGCCAGGAAGAGUUCUCCCGGAAAGGCGAACGUACUGCGAUGGUCUUGUCUAUACUCCCGCCUUCGACCAUUGAUCAACUUGCAAAAGCGGCCACACUGUGCGAGAACUUUCGUAGGAUGACAAAAUUCGACUUAUGGCACGUUGCAAGACGACACCUGUUCGAUAACAAGCCUGAGGAGGAGUCCCUCAAUCCAGCGAAUCGUCUCGAUGAGCUUACGUGCAGGAUAUGCUUUCGGCUCGAGUGUCCGCAUCAUGGCGAGAUCACGGAGCGACAAGACGACGACUGCGAAGAUCCGGACGAGGGUGCCGACCAUGCCAUCCAAACUGACAUCGUGCACCCGCUGAAAGUCAACUACCGCGAACGCAUCGCGUUCCCAUCAGCUCCGGGUACGACCAGCAGCGAGCAGGAUGUAGCAGUAGUAUCGGGAAAGAAAUCUCUACAGUAUUGGAGAUCCGAGACCUUCGUACACAAAAUCGAGGAACGCGGGCCUUUCUACGGCUGUCAUCAUCCAGGCUCGAGCUGCUCGGACAAUAAUUGCGCCUGCUUCGAAUCCAACAUACCCUGCGAGAAGAUCUGCACGUGCUCACCAGCAGACUGUUCGCGCAAAUUCCAAGGCUGCAUCUGCAAGUAUCGAAACAAGCGAAAGGGUCAAAAUAUAGUAUGUUUUGAAGACGACCGCUGUAUCUGCUUCAACCUUGGUCGAGAAUGCGAUCCUGAUCUUUGUGGCGAGUGCGGUGUGGACGAGGUCCUUGACCCUCUCAAUCGCCUCGACAACGCUUUUUGCAAGGGCAAAUGCCAGAACGCCAGUAUCCAGCGCGGUGUCCCGAAACAGACACUCAUUGGCGUAAGCGGCAUCCACGGUCUGGGCCUCUACGCUGGCGAGAACAUCAAAGCCCAUGACUUUAUUGGUGAGUACAAAGGCGAGAUCAUCACAAAAGAGGAGGCAGAGCGUCGUGGAGCAGUGUACGAGCAUCAGAAGCUUUCUUAUCUUUUCGUCCUCAACGCAAGCCAGGAGAUCGACUCGACGUACUUUGGCAACGACAUCCGCUUCAUCAAUCACGCACACUCAGGUAACGCUGCACUGAAUCUAUACCCACGCAUCUUUUUGGUCAACGCUGUCCAUCGCAUCGCGCUCUUCGCCGAGAAAGAUAUCAAGGCUGGCAAGGAACUACUUUUCGACUACGGUCCUAAGUUCCCAGAUUCGCAGCUCGGUGGUCAAGGGAACGCCAGGGGCAGAAAUACUAAAAAGGAUCUGUAUGAUGUGGCUGAGACGGUGAAUAAGAAGGGCCAGGUUAGAGCGACGAAGGCUACGGACGUGAGGAGUGCGAAGGCGAGGAAAGCAGGUGCUGAAAGUAAUGCCUCACCUUCUGGGCAGGGCAAGAGAGGCGGUGCACGACCGAAUGCUGGUCGCAAGCCGUCGAGGAAAUCUGUCAUGGGUGUUGAGCCGGAGGUUGCAACUCAGCGCCCUGCUUCGCCGACACCUCAAUCCGAAGACCAUCGCAGGCCUCCUGAGGACCGUCUCGCUAUCUACUACAUGGCUGAGAACGAACCAGAGGAGGGCAUGGCUGAUAACAUCAACAUGACUGACGGGGUUCAAGAGGAAGAUGAGGACGCGUCGGAGUUCGAAGAAGGCCAAGAUGAGCAGGAUGAGCUUUCGAGUCCACUUGCUUCGGAAUCUGUGCCGAGCUCGCCUGAGGAGAGGAGGGCUGGGAUGCGGAUUCGGGGGAGGAGACAUGCUUUACGAUCAUAG